UUUCUACAAGCACGUUGACGAAUAUGGGACGGCGCAAAGGCAAAGGCGGCGGUGGUGGCAAGGGGAAGGCGAAGAAGGGCGGUGCACGUGGUGGUGGUGGUGGUGGUGGUAGUAACAGCAAACGCAGCGGCAUUGGUGGCGGUUCCUUCAAACUCAAGGCGGGAGGUGCUGGCAAGCGUGGCAAGAGGGUGAAGGAAAUGUCGUUGAACCUGGCAAGUGCCGUUGAUUCGUCGUUGGUCAAGUUGGAGAAGAAGAAGGUCGUGCAGAAGGUGGAGAAGACCAAGCAGCAGGAAGCAGAGAAGCAACAGGCACAGGCGAAACUACAGGACGCCGUACAGACCCAGCAGAACAUGGACGACAUGCUCAACACGCUCACCUCCUUCUGAGCAGCGUGUUUCGCACGCGACUUGUCGCGCGCUCUCUCUCUCUCUCCCUCUCUGUGUCGGUUUGAGAAUGUGACGUGCUAUUGCUGCUUUUGCUCUUUUCUCUUUCUUAUUUCUUGUCUUCCCUUUUCCUUCCUACUAGGUCACCUGUUUUGCCGCAUACACCACCUUUCCCGACACCUUCUGUUUCAUUUUCGCUUUGGUUCUGGUUACAAUUACACGAAACCGAUGUGCUGUG